AUGCGAGAGCAGUCUCUCGACCGCGAAAUCAAAAGCACAGCAGCCGCGUCUAUCACUACUUCUCAGACAGUCCUAAACGCGACAACCACAAGUGAUUGA